AUGUCUACGUCGAUAAUCUCGACUUACCNAGCGGGUUUGUUACGUAAAUAUGAACAAGACAAUGGACAUUCGACGCAACAGCUUCGACACGAGUUAAUUUCCACAGAGAAAGUCACGAUCGAACAAAGACAAUAUUAUGAACAACAAAUCGAUCAACUUCAACGAGAAAAGAACGAAUUGAAGAAAGAAUUGGACACGCUCAGAGAUGUUUUGAAAGAAUUGCAUGAACAAUCGAGUAAACAAGAGGCAUUGAGUAAUGAUCGAUUACAUACUUUGAAAUUAAAAGAAGAUUUAUUGACGAAAGAAAAUGAAUUAUUUCAAUGUCAAUCGAAAGUUGCGGAAUUGCAAAAAGAAUUGGAACAAACUCGAGAAGAAAUGAACACUUUACAAGAAACAGUGCAUAAAGAAUGUACCGAACGUGAAGAAUUAAAAGAAGCGUUAAUUGAAGCACGUCAACAACUACUAACUUUCAAAAAGAACGGAGUUCUCAACGGAACAGCAGCUCGAUCUCUUCAUUCUCCACCGGUAGCUUUUGAAGAAAUCGAACGACGUGUCAUUGCACCUCUUCCACUUCCUCAUGCAUCGACUCAACAAUUAGGAUCUGUACUUCAUCAUAAAAAUUCUUCAUUUAUUCAAUCAGAGCCACCUUCGCGAGAUAACAGUGUGCAGGGUGAUGCAGCCGAUAUGAUGGCUCGACCAUUAUCAUCAGCGCAUCAGGUUCCGUAUCGCCAUAAAACAUUGCCACCAAUUCAUCCUCAACCACAGCAACAACGUCGGAAUGGAAGUGUUCCAUCAUCGAAUAAAUCCGAUCAAUUGUUGGAGAAUCAACGACGUAUCGCGCGGUUUAUUAAGAAUCUUAAAUAA